AUGACAAACAACGGAACUCAAGUCGUCACUGUGAUCACGAAUGUAGCCAACGAAAAAUUAAAUUCACCCAUAAUAACAAAAUGGUGGUAUUUACAAUGGAAGAAGAUUCUUGCAGAAUUUGUGUCGACGCUGCUGCUCAUAUUUCUGGGUUGCAUGACCUGUAUGCCGCUGAGUGGGUUCUCGGUCCAGCCUCCAAUGUACGCGCCCAUCGGCUUCGGAAUGGUGGUCCUGUUUAACAUCACAGCAUUCGGGCACAUAUCUGGUGCUCACAUGAAUCCUUCUGUCACUCUUACGGCUGUCAUUUGGGGGAAAAUGUCGGUACUUCUUGGAAUUGGAUAUGUCAUAGCGCAAUGUCUUGGUGCAAUUGUCGGCUACGGAUUAUUAGUUAUGGUGUCACCAUUCGAUUUGAUAACAAAUGCGGUCUGCGCGACUCAACCCCACAUCGGUCAAGAACCGUACCAAGCGCUGCUCGUUGAGAUUAUCUUAUCAGCGUCCCUCGGUUUCAUAAAUUGUGCAGUUCUGGGACCCAGUUAA